CAGGCAUUUCUCAAUCUGACUCUGCGUGGUGUUGUAUAGGUGGUGCGGGUCUAAAGCAAACUCAGUUCUUCGAAUUUGAGUGUAGCUUACAUUAGUACAUUGUUGACGAGUUUGGAAAAGACUACCACGUUUAAGUGCAGCGUUUUUUAGCUGCCCCAAGCAGUUUGUUUGCUUUUUUAUUUUUUUAUUUUUUUUUUGUUUUGAGUCUGCAGCGCUAUUGAGAGAUCAAGGCCUCUUUUGUAAUUAUAAAAAACCUCGCCCUCGUCUCACACAUACCUCCUCAGAAGAGUGUGGACAUUUUCAGUAAUUGCUUGAUUUACUCUUAGCGAGCUUCAACGGUCACCUCGUGUCACUAAAAAGGGGGAAAAAAGAGGACAGCGGCUUCGUGAGACCUACCUGCCCUCCUCCCCUCAGGGGUACUGGAGAACAUGGCUCAGCACGGCCAGCACCAGGUCGCCAGCAUGAAGGCCCUCAUGUUGGAGAUGAAGAGCCUCCAGGAGGAACCAGUCGAAGGGUUCCGGAUCACGUUAGUAGAUGAAGCGGACCUCUAUAACUGGGAGGUAGCCAUUUUCGGACCCCCCAACACCCUUUACGAGGGAGGCUAUUUUAAGGCUCGGCUGAAAUUUCCAAUGGACUACCCCUACUCGCCCCCAUCUUUCCGCUUCCUGACCAAAAUGUGGCAUCCUAAUAUAUAUGAGAAUGGAGACGUUUGCAUUUCCAUCUUGCAUCCUCCUGUUGAUGAUCCCCAGAGUGGAGAGCUGCCAUCAGAAAGAUGGAAUCCAACGCAGAAUGUAAGAACAAUUCUUCUUAGUGUCAUCUCUCUUCUCAAUGAACCCAACACAUUCUCCCCAGCUAAUGUAGACUCGUCAGUUAUGUACAGAAAAUGGAGAGACAGCAAAGGGAAGGACAGAGAAUACGCAGAAAUUAUCAGGAAGCAGGUUCUGGCCACAAAAGCAGAAGCGGAUCGUGAUGGUGUGAAAGUGCCCACUACCCUGGCAGAGUACUGUGUUCAAACCAAGGCCCCUGCGGUGGAUGAGGGCUCAGACCUUUUCUAUGACGACUAUUAUGAUGAUGACAUGGAGGAGGGUGAGGAGGACUGCUGUUAUGAUGAAGAUGACUCCGGGACAGAGGAGUCAUGACGAAAGGGAGGGGGAACUGGUGUGUGCAAUCAGUAAAUAAUGAAAAAGAAAAUUGGAAAAGAAAAAAACAAAAAAGAACACCCUCUGCCUCACCUGGAUCACUGCAGAUAUUCCCCACCCAUCCCUCUCCCCCAUAACCUCUCUAGGAACUGUACAGUUUUAUGGACACAAGAACAUUGGAUAAGUUUUGCCUUUUUCGGAUAUGAAAAUCUGUUCCUUUCCCCACCAAAAAGAAGAAGAAAAAAAAAGAAAAGUUGAUUUCAGUGCUUUAUCACUUUGAAGACAUUUUUGUGCAUGCUCUUUUAGUACUGGACAUAUUCUCCAGUGUAAGCAAACCCUCCUGUUUGUCAUUUUCUGAAGAUUCUUAUGACUUUAUGCAUUCAGAAUUUGCAGAAUCUUUACGUUAAGUUGGGGGAGGUAAUGUUUAGUGUGUAGGUUUUAUUUUAUUUUGGAUGGGGUGAUAACUAACCAAGCAUAUCUAUCUUGCAAUCUCAAUUAGGCUUUGAAAUUAAAGGAAACACAAACCUUCAUUUGUUGACUGCUGGUUGAAGGACAGUAUUUGUAAUUAGACUUGUCUUUCCUUGUAGCUAAAAUUCCUUUAGAAUGCAGGUGUUAGCAGGCAGUAAGAAUGAUCUUUAUUGCGGCUCUGCCUUUUGUUCAUUAUCAUGAGUAAAGUAUAAAAUACAAAGUUGAGUUAAGUGUUGCAUCCAUGUUAUAAUUUGCUUUUUUGUUUUAACAUUUUGGCCUUCCUAAUUGUGUAAGUGCCAUUCAAAUUGUCACAUCAAUUUUGGUCCUGUUUAUCAUUUGAAUAGUGCAGCAUACAUCAUGAUCAUUGGUGGGGUGGGGGAUUUUGAUGAUGGGAUAUCGACAGAAGAGAGAAUGCUAAUAAAAUAUCUUAGAGGUGGCCAUUAGAUCUCUAAACCUUGGGGCUGGGCAGUGAGAUUUUAUCCUGCCCUUUUUUUGGUGGCUUUUUGCUUUAGGUGUAAACUCCCUUUGUGUAAAGGAGCACUGUUUGUAAGACUAGGCUUUAAUCAGUUGAUUGCCACAGCCUUGCCCUAGUUUUAUCAUUUUUUUAAUAUAUUAAUGAGUAGCAUGUCCAAGCUCACAAAAAUGAUGGACUUCUUAUGGAGGUAUAGCAUACUUCUGUAUAUUUAUUUUCUUUCAUUUGAUAUUGACUGCUAUGGUGAUUACUGUGCUCAGCAGCUUUUAUGUUCUUCUGUAUGGCUGUUUUCCUGAAAGUGGCUGGGCUGCAUGUUGAUAUUUGUUGCCUCUCAACACCAUUUGGCUCCUGCUGUACUGUUUACUUUUUUUUUUUUUUCAGUGCUCAGAUUAUAAAUGCCACUCAAGAUUAUGUAUAAUCAAGACAAUGCUACCCUGGUUUAAUCUAUGGUAUUGCCUGCUGUUGAUUUGCCUGAAAUCAUCUGGCUCCUGUUCCAGUCUCUGCACUGACCUUAUCCUAUUGCAGCUUUGCAACAAAGGAGAUAUGAGCUACCACGUUGCACUUCCUCUGGCCAGGCUAUUGCUCCGUCUUGCAUCUUUUUGUUUUUUAAUAACCAUGACCCGUUCUUCAUCGUUCUUCAUUUUUGACCUUCAUAUGUUUGGUGCACUUUUCUUCUAACAGUUUGCAAGGAGUUGUUGUUGACAAAUUAAUGUAGUCUGGCUUACGGCCUGCAGGAGGAAAAACUGUAAUGUGCUGGGCAUAAGGUUAGUGUUGCACCAUAGUUGAGUUGUUGCCACAACACCAGCAUGUGAAACUAAAUUUACUUUUGAGUACUUCAGAGUACGUAUUGAGAUCACAACGUCACCCAAAUCAGACUGUGCUGGUCUUGAAGAAUGUGGGUCCCAGUUCCAAGAAAUAGAUUAAUAACUGAUUGCAAAACAGCUUGCUGAUGGUCACAAGAUUAUAAUUAGACUUUGAGUGUGUGUUUAUGUAUAUAAUCAGAUUCUCUCUCUCAGGACUGUAAACCCAAUUCAUUCAACCCAUCUCCUUGUCUGUUAUCUCGGAGUUCCCAAGGAAUCUUGUCAUAUUACCAGCUGUUUACAUUUGAUAUGUUGUAUGCACAUUGAAAGACUUUGAUCACUUUGUUGUAUUUUUUUUUUGUUUUAGUUUUUUCUUAUUGUUUGUAAAGCUAUUUAAAAUGAAAAUAAAGACCUUUAUUAUAA